AUGGACUCUCCAACUCUGCAGUUGCUCUCCACCGAGGAAUUAAUGGAUGAAUUAGCGGCUGCCAUAAAUGAUACGACCGAGACAAAGGCAUCUGGGGCUGAGACAAUUCUGCUUCGUGAAGACUCCAUUGAAACUCAGCCUGUCCCUCAGAACGGCCUCACCAAAAUUCCGGAAACUGGCUCUCCAGAAAACCCCACCGAAGAUAUCCAACGGUUGAAUAUCCCUGUUGACGACUUGACCAAAGCUGAGUCAUUUCCAAGAUCCAUGGGAAUGGAGAAUAAUACACCUUAUGAAUGGACCGAGUCGGACAUCAUUAACAGUAACCCCACCACCAUGCCGCAUUUCCUGCCCGUAUCGCAAGGUCUAUGCUGGCGAUCAGCCGACCGUAUCUGUGAAGACUCUUCUACUGAGGAAGAACGAGAUGAAGUUAUUAAACAUCAAACCAAAAGGAAAAGAAAUGCAAACAAGUCUACAUACAAUGAUAGUAAUUAUGAGUUUUUUAAUAACAAUAAUAAUCCAGGCACAUCGAAACUACAGCCCGAGAUAGAGAGGGAUGAAGACCUCGAAGACACUAGUAGUGAAGUAGAAAUAGAAAGUGAAAAGACUAUAGUGGCAUCAGACCAGGCUUUAGACGGUGCUUUUGAAGUGUUGAUACCACAUAGUCAACUAUCAACGGAAUUCGAAAAAUUCGAGGAAAAAUUAUAUGAGUUUUUGAAAAAACUUGAAACAAACAUUGACCUCAAAUUUGCAGAAGUUGCUGUUAAGCUUGACCAUAUUGAUGAAAGACUAAGACAAUGUGAAUUGCCACCUGAAAAAGAUGAUACAAAUAUGUCCUUGUUAACAAAUUAUUCGUGGACAGGUUUGAGUAGGACAAGUGCAGCCAAAGAACCUUUCAACAAAUUAGGCAAUAUUUUAGAAGAGGAUGAAAAUGAUCCCUAUUCCGAUAGUGGGUCAGAAUAUGCUCCAGAAAAUGAGGAUAUGCACGAAAAUUCUUCUGAUUCUGAAUAUCCUGAAGAUGAUGAUGUUGAGAAAGUUGAGAUUGAUAAUAACGUUAUCGAAAAUGAGGAUGGUAAUAACAAUGAGACUCCAAAGUCUCCAAAUAGAGGAAGGAAACGCAAAAGAAACCCAAGUACAUGGAAACGAGUAGUCAAUUCUGCAAAUAGAUCCACUGGAAAAGCUUACGUCAAUAGAAGCGGUAGAAAUGUAUCCGAAAAAAAAUUCAAAAAUGCUGAUUGUCAAUGUGCUCGACGAUGCUCUACUAACGUAAGACCUGAAGAAAGGAAAAUCAUGUUUGAUUCUUUCUAUAAAUUAGGUGAUAAUACAAAGCAAAACAUUAACCUUCGAGGGCUAAUUCAAAACAGCCCAAUUAAACAGCGCCGUUCUAGAAAUUCUUCAAGACCACCAAAAUCAAAAACCAUAAAAUAUUUUUUAACUACUUCAACGAAGUCAACUCGUGUUUGCAAAAUUUUUUUUAUAGAUACGUUUCAAGUGAGCGAUGCACGCAUCUAUAAAAUCUCAUGUCAAUCAGAACCGUCUGCUUGCAUUGAUAAACGGGGCCAUAAAGAACCAAGUAAUAAAAUAGAUAUAACAAACGUCAAAGAACACAUACAAUCAUUCCCUUGUUACAAAAGUCAUUAUGCCCUAGCUGAUGCUCCAAAUAGAAGAUAUUUGAACCCAGAUUUAAAUAUCAGAAAAAUGUUUGUGCUGUAUGAACAGAAAUGCGAACAAGAAGGCUCACAGGCGGUCAAAGAAAAGAUGUAUUAUCACGUCUUUUCUACACAUUUUAAUCUUCAUUUUAAGCCACCUGCUAAAGAUACGUGCCAGCUAUGCGACAAUUUGCAGAACGUUAUCACUUUUGAGAAAGAUGAGGCAAAAAAAAAUACAGCAAUAAUAGAAAAAGAAGUCCACCUAAGAAAAGCACAAUUAGCCAGAUCAUGUCUUAACAAUGACAAGCUUUCUGCUGAUGAGAACGUUUACGUAUUAACAUUCGAUCUAGAAAAAGCUCUUCCUUUUCCAAAACUCAGCACUUCAGUUGCUUAUUAUAAGGUGAAUAUGUACGUUUAUAACUUUGGAAUUCAUACUUUUAAUAACAACAAAGGAUACAUGUUCAUGUGGGAUGAAACUGAAGGAUCUCGAGGUUCCCAAGAAAUUGCAUCGUGUCUGGUGAGACAUCUGAAAGAGGAAGCUAGUAAUUUCAAUCAUAUUGUUAUGUAUUCCGACUGUUGUACAGGCCAGAACCGGAAUAUUAAAUUAAGCUUAUCUUUGCUGAAACUUACACAAGACCCAGUAAUGUCCACAUCUUUUAUUGACCAUAAGUUCCUAGUAUCUGGACAUAGUUACCUCCCAAACGACGCUGACUUUGGUAUCAUUGAGUCAAAAUCAAGAAAAAAAGAAUUUAUUUAUGGUCCUAGAGAUUGGUUCAACUUAGUUGCAACUGCAAAAAAAACUAAUCCAUUUCAAGUAACUGAAAUGGCCAGAGAAGAAUUUGUCUCGACGAAACCUUUAGAAGACUCGAUUUGUAAUAGAAAAACUAAUACGGACGGAGGUAAAGUUAAUUGGCUAAACAUAAAAUGGCUCAGAUAUUGCAAGAAUGAACCAAACCUAAUUUUCUAUAAAGAAACGUUGCAAGAUGAUUUUCCGUUUUUUAAGAUCAACAUAGCAAGAGCUCCAGGAAAAGGAAGACCUCCCAAUUUGGUUAAUAUUGUCCAGGAGCCACUCUAUCCAAAUCGCAGGCCUGUAAAGCCAAUCAAAAAGAGGCACAUGUCUGAUUUGCUAACUUAUAUUCCGCCGCACUACCACCCAUUUUAUAAAAGUUUGCCGAUACUAAACGAGAGAACACGAACUUCAACUUCAAAACAACCAGAAACAGCGGAAAAUGUCAGUGAUAAUAACGAUUCAGAUUACAUAGAUUAG